AUGGAUACUACUUGGGAAAAGAGUUUUAUAGUAGAAGACAAGACGCUUUUCUUGGGGAGUGUGGAUAGUUUGGAUGAUGUUUUUAUUGACGUUGAAGGAGGAAAAUCAAGCACCAGCAGUACUAGUACUACAGCUGCUGUUGGAGAAGGUAAAUCAUCAGGAUCUGGCCGAUCAGAACAGGAACCUUACACCCCAUUGCUGAUUGCAGCCACUGACGGAAUAGUUGAAAUAGUGGACGAGAUACUACAGCAGCAUCCUCAGGCAAUUGAGCACUUGAGUAAGGAUGAGGAAAACAUAUUGCACGUGGCUAUUAGCCACCGUCAAUUAGAAGUCUUUCGGUAUCUAAAGAAGAUGGACGUAAUUCUGAGAUGUAGGUUGGUCUCGAGGCUCAAUGUGCGAGGCUACACCAUAUUGCAUCAGGUCGCCGACAUUAAAAACAGUCGUGAAGGAAACGAAACUGCUGUUGGCCCUGCAUUCGAAUUGCGGGAGGAGUUGAAAUGGUUCGAGCAUGUGCAAAAGAUUAUGCCACCCCAUUAUACCUUGCACCGCGACAAUGACGGUCGGACUGCAAGCGAGCUCUUCAGAGAGCAACACGCUCCGCUUCUCAAGGAAGCAAAAAAGUGGCUUAAGGAUACCACUGGAUCGUGCUCUACCGUCGCCAUCCUCGUCGCCGGUGUUGUUUUCGCAGCUGCCUACUCCGUUCCAGGAGGUACCAACGAAUCCGGCAUCCCGAGAUCCAUUCACCCUCCCAUCUAUAUGGUCUUCACCAUCACGGAUAUUAUCGCCCUUGUGAGCUCCUUAACUUCCGUCGUCUUGUUCCUCAUGAUCACUUCAUCUCCGCUUGAACAAGAAUAUUUCCACAAUAAUAUCCCCCGGAAGCUGAUGAUCGGCUUCAGCUUUCUCUUCUUCUCCAUGAUACUGGCAAUGAUUUCCUUCUCUGCGAGUCUUCUUCUCAUACUUCGUUUUGAUCAGAAGAGAUCUUGGACUCUGACUUUGAUUUAUGCUGUUGCACUCCUUCCUGUUUGCCUUUUUGGGAUUUUUCAGUUUCCCUUGUACGCUACGGUCACUAGAACUUUGCACCACCUUCACAAGACAAUAACGAAGAAGGUUCUUCCCCAGGCAUUCCUUCCUCGUAAAUCCCUCAAGAAAGGCAAGCGAAAGUCCUAUUGA